GCACCAUCUCGCUCUCCCAAAACUAAUCACAGCAGACCCAUUUUUUCUAUUUUAUUUUAUUUAUUUAUUUAUUUCAUUAAUUUUUUUAUUUUCUUAAGCUAGAACUGUGGAUAGAAGUGUUUUGGAUUCUCUUUGUCCCUCUCUCUCUCUCUCUCAUAAUCUCUAGCUGUAUGUAUAAAUAUAUUAUAUAUAUAUAAGUGGAGACUCGAAAGGUUCUGAUGCAUUGAAAGGAGACGCAUAAUUGAGAACUUUGAUGGAUUUGCGAAGAAUUUGCUGGGUUUUGUGCAGUUACACAGUGGUUUUGCUCAUCUUCAACAACCCUUGUUCGGUCAAAGCCGGUGACAUCGUUCAAGGCGACGAUUCGGCUCCGAAGAAGCCUGGUUGUGAGAACGAUUUCAUACUGGUAAAAGUUCAAACUUGGGUUGAUGGCAUAGAGAACCGUGAAUUUGUUGGCGUCGGUGCUCGAUUUGGUAUUGCCAUUGUGUCAAAGGAAAAAAAUGCCAACCAAACUCGCCUUUUGCAAUCAAACCCUCGUGAUUGUUGUAGUCAGCCAAAUAUCAAGUUUGCUGGAGAUGUCAUCAUGGCGGACCGAGGUAAUUGCAAAUUCACAACCAAGGCAAAUAUUGCAGAAGCUGCUGGUGCUUCAGCAGUCCUCAUUAUUAAUAACCAGAAAGAGCUUUACAAGAUGGUUUGUGAACCCGACGAAACUGAUUUAAAUAUACACAUACCUGCUGUCAUACUCCCACAAGAUGCUGGCACAAGCUUAGAGAAAAUGCUGAUGAACAGUUCAUCAGUGUCUGUGCAGCUCUACUCUCCACUACGACCACUAGUUGACAUAGCCGAAGUUUUCUUAUGGCUUAUGGCAGUUGGUACCAUCUUGUGUGCAUCUUAUUGGUCUGCAUGGAGUGCAAGAGAAGCAGCUAUUGAACAGGACAACCUAUUAAAAGAUGCUUCAGAUGAAUUUCCCAUCACCAAAGACAUUGGUCCUAGUGGUGUGGUGGAUGUUAGCACAACAUCAGCAGUCUUGUUUGUUGUUGUUGCUUCAUGCUUCUUGAUUGUAGUUUACAAACUAAUGUCCUCCUGGUUCAUUGAACUUUUGGUGAUUCUAUUUGCCGUUGGUGGUGUAGAGGGCUUGCUAACAUGCUUGGUGUCCUUGCUAUCGAGAUGGUUCAAACCUACUGCGGAAUCAUUCGUUAAAGUACCUUUCUUUGGAGCUGUCUCAUACCUUACUUUGAUUGUUUCUCCAUUCUGCAUAGCGUUCGCUGCUGUUUGGGCACGUUACAGAGAUCUCUCCUUUGCCUGGAUAGGUCAAGAUAUACUUGGAAUUGCACUGAUAAUUACAGUUCUUCAGAUUGUGCGUGUGCCUAAUCUCAAGGUGGGUACUGUUCUCCUCGGUUGUGCCUUCUUGUAUGACAUAUUUUGGGUGUUCAUUUCUAAGGAGCUGUUCCAUGAAAGUGUCAUGAUUGUGGUGGCUCGUGGUGAUAAAAGUGGAGAGGAUGGAAUUCCAAUGCUACUGAAGAUCCCACGAAUGUUUGAUCCUUGGGGUGGUUACAGCAUCAUAGGCUUUGGUGACAUCCUUUUACCAGGAUUGCUAAUUGCAUUUUCACUUAGGUAUGAUUGGCUGGCGAAGAAGAGUCUUCGAUCUGGAUACUUUUUGUGGGCAAUGUUUGCUUAUGGAUUUGGUCUUCUUAUUACCUAUGUGGCACUGAAUCUGAUGGAUGGUCAUGGCCAACCGGCAUUGCUAUAUAUCGUCCCAUUCACACUCGGGACUAUGUUGACAUUGGGGAGGAAGAGAGGUGAUCUGAAGAAUCUGUGGACGAUAGGGGAACCGGAAAGGGUUUGCUCUCAUGUCCAACUCCUACCCACUGAAGAAUCUAACUAAGAGAACGGGUGUAACACUCUUCAUUUUGUGAUUGUAUAAUAGCAUGUGUAGUAUGUUGUAGAUCAUCAAUGUUCUGGUAAAGACUCGACCUAGCUAUUGAUUUGUAGGGUGAAUGAUGAAUCAUCAAUGACCAUGCUAGUGUUUCAUAGUUUGAUCCCUGCUAACAUUCUCAUUUUGUAUGUGAGUUUGACUUGUAAAACGAAUCUAAGUUAUUCAAUUUCAAUUUCUCUAUACAAUCUUUUUAUUUCUUCUUGUA